CAGCCGUUCUCAUGCUGAAUAAAGACUCCAGUGUCGUGUUUUUAUCCUUCUCUUUUAUCUGUCAACUUUUUCACUGUGGCUGUGUAGCUUGCCUUAAGAGAAAACACGGACAAAUAACACUCAGAAGAAGACAAGACGUCGAACUAAACGGCCAGUGACAAAUUUUUCUGUGGGAAAUGGAAUAAAACCAACUUUCCACGACGACCGAAAAAGGAGCUUCGCUGGGGAGCUUGGCUGUUACAUAACAGCAGAGGACUGUCUUUUUUAAAGUCGUGGCCGAUUGAAUCUGACGUUGUUCUCGAAGCAAACAGCGCGGACAGAGAGAGAGAGGAGUAGAGAGAGGGGGAUUAGAGAGAGAGAGAGAGAGAGAGUUCAGCACAGUGCUGCGCUGGAAGCACGGAGUUGGCUGAAGAGAAGGAUAUAGCUAUCCGCCUGAAACAUGGCUCGUCUCUGCUGUUCACUUUGCUCAGCUCCUCCGCUAACUCGAGUUUAAUCUCCUGUCAGGAAAACUUCAAAAUGGAAGCGCUCACUUUCCUCGUGCGGCUCCUCGCGCUGUUCGUCGGCGGGAAGCAGUUGGUCAGGGCCAUGCUGAGUGACAUUGGUGACUAUGUAGGUACAGACAUUGAGAUAUCCUGGUUGCCUAAUCUGGAUGACUUAAUGAAAGGCUAUGCUCGAAACUUUCGGCCGGGGAUAGGAGGACCUCCAGUGAAUGUGGCCAUGGCUAUUGAAGUAGCUAGCAUUGACCAUAUCUCAGAAGCCAACAUGGAAUACACCAUGACAGUGUUUUUGCGUCAGAGUUGGCGAGACGACCGUCUGUCUUACAACCACACGAACAAGACCCUGGGGCUGGACAGCCGUUUUGUAGAUAAACUCUGGCUACCAGACACGUUCAUCGUCAAUGCCAAGUCAGCCUGGUUCCAUGACGUCACUGUGGAGAACAAGCUCAUACGCCUGCAACCUGACGGGGUCAUCCUCUACAGCAGCCGAAUCACAUCAACAGUGGCCUGUGACAUGGACCUUACCAAGUACCCCAUGGAUGAACAGGAAUGUAUGCUGGACCUUGAGAGCUAUGGCUACUCUUCAGAGGACAUUGUUUAUCACUGGUCAGAGAGUCAGAAGUACAUCCAUGGGCUGGACAAACUGGAGCUGUCCCAGUUCACUAUUACAGACUACCGCUUUGUGACUGAGAUGAUGAACUUCAAAUCAGCUGGGCGAUUUCCUCGUCUCAGUUUACGUUUCCAGCUGAGGCGUAACCGAGGAGUUUACAUCAUCCAAUCAUACAUGCCCUCCAUCCUAUUGGUUGCCAUGUCCUGGGUGUCCUUCUGGAUCAGCCAGUCAGCUGUGCCUGCAAGGGUAACUCUAGGGAUCACCACGGUUCUCACCAUGACAACGCUGAUGGUCAGUGCUCGCUCCUCGUUGCCCCGCGCCUCCGCCAUAAAAGCCCUGGACGUCUAUUUCUGGAUCUGUUAUGUGUUUGUGUUCGCCGCCCUGAUUGAGUAUGCCUUCGCCCACUACAACGCCGAUUACAGCAAGAAGGAGAAAGCCAAGGUCAAGUCAAACAAGAGUGCAGAGUCCAUGGUGAAGAACGGCAAGCAGGCCAUGGUCCUCUUCUCCCUGUCGGUGACGGGCAUGAACCAGGGUCUCCUGAUCUCCAGGCAGAACCGAGCGCAGCGUCCUGCAGAGACACCAGCGGAGCCGCAGGAAGAGGCCGAGACACGCAGUGCCCAUGUGCGCCGGGCUGAGCGAGAGAGCAGCCAGGAGAAGAAGUGCUGCAAGUGCAAACCCAUCGACGCCGACACCAUUGACAUCUACGCCCGUGCUGUCUUCCCUUUCACCUUCGCCGUCGUCAACGUCAUCUACUGGGUGGCUUAUACCAUGUGACUUCCAGAUGCUUCAGCGCUGACUGCAUGUAUAUAGAUCAGCAAAGCAAAGUGGUGCCAAAACCAUGUGAUAAUGGACAUUUUUAUGCCAUUGGAUUACCAGGGGGAUCAAACUGUGGGAUUGUUGGAACUGAUGGAUUUUAAUGUACUUUUAAUAUGGAAAAAUGCUGCUUGUUUCAAGUGGAUGUUCUGCAGUUGGACUGGGUGAUGAGAACCACACUUUGUCCCAGUUUCUCAGAUUCAUGCUGGAGGAAUAUGUGGAACUGCUUUAUAUUAUGAACUUUGGAACUCGCCUUUGCAUCCCUACUUAGUUUCCCUUUAUGUGUUGCUAUUUUUUGUGUUAUGUUGCAGUUGGUACUGACCUCGUCUCUACAACCUCUAACUUUCUUUCAGUCCAGCCUUGCAGUAGAAAUGUCUACUCAUAACUGGGAUGAUGAAAUCGACAGACAACGUUGCAUGACAGCUAUAGUAUGAUUUUGUUAGUAGCCCAUUCCUGUUCCUCUUCUUCUUCUCCCCUUACCAUGCCUGUCUUUGAAUGGCGGGUACAUGAUAGGAAUCGACCAACAUCCGGUUAGCAAUUGACUAGUUUAUUUUCAUUUUGGCUGUUCUGUGUUAUGAUUUUAAGAGAUAAAUAGUGUGAGCCAGUGCACUCUCAUUGGAUUAGAACACUUUAUGCUAUACAGCACUGUGCAAAGUCACAGACAGCCCUUCAUUUAUUUAAUUUCCAGUCAAAAUAGACAUUAAGUUAUUCAUUAAGUUUGCCAUUUUGACUGGAAAUUAAAUAAAUUACAUUAAAUAAUUGAAGGGUGGUCUCUUAGUUGUGCACAGUACUAUCCUGCCAAGAAUUCAGCUGUUUAAAUGUCUUUCAGAAUGGUUGAAGAUGAUGUUAAGCCAUCUGUAAUCUGUCUGCAGUGAAAAAUGUAUCCAGUUCUAAACGGAAGCCUUUUGAAGAGCACAGGUUAAACAAUGAACCUGUUGUAGUUUGAAUGUAAUGGACCCAGAAAACCUUAGGCCUAUAUUCUCUCAGUGAACCAAGCCAUAUAUUAUAAACUUUUAUUAGUGUUAUGAUGCAUGUGAGUAUUCAUAAUGUAAUCCUAGGUAGCAUAUUCUAGAUUUAUCAUAAAUAAAAUGUAUUUCUACACAAAGUUUUAGGUUCCAAAGUGGCCAGCGGACAUGGAAAUCUCCUGUUCUCAGUUCCUCCAAGUAUUAGUGUGCAUUUUAUGGUAAGCUUUCAAAAAAAUGGGCCAGCUUUUUCCUUACGUACCUCUGCUGUUAGAGGGCUCCAAAUAAUUAAAUGACAAGAGUGAAGAGAAAAUUGUACAGUGGAUUAUACAAAGGCAUUAACUGCUGCAAUAAACUGGAGAAUGAUGAAAAAGACAGAAACAU